AUGUUAGAUAACGACGACAGGAUACUGGAGAACAUAGAAGUGAAAGAAGUAAAGACACCAAGCCCUUUAUCUUCUGCUGAUCGUUCGAUUAACGAAGACGAAGAGAACACAGGAAGCGAUAGCAGUUCCGGAGGAAGUUCGCCAUCCGAUCUCAAGAAGCGUCUUCAGCAUCAUCCAUCACCAAAUGAAGUGACACGUCUGGCUAGUCGUGUAAUUAACAUCAGCCGUCGUCUAUCUCGAAAACGAGAUUUCUAUUUCCACGAAACAAACAACCGAAUUGAAGAAAACGAAGAAACAGAAGAACAGGAAACAAUAUUUCCCAAAAGGUCUUUUGGCGAUUUCAAAGCAAAAGACGCACGAGUGCGAAGAAGGGCGAAAAUUCAUCUCGAAAACGAAACAAAUCGAAAUAUGGUUGUCUCGAAUCCAAGUGAAAUCAGCACUUCGGACUUACAAGACAAUUCAGUCAACAGUAACAGCCAAACAUCAAAUAGAAGUUCAGUGAUCGAAAAUAAAGUUAAAGGAAUGUCAGAAAAAUAUUCGGUGCAACAUCCAUCGGUAGAAAUCGAAAUGUUAACAAAUAAUACUCAACGACAUUCAUCAUUAUCAGCAAGAUUAUAUCGUAAUCAACAGGAAGAGACAAAUAAUGAUUCCUCUAGAUCUCAAAAAAACGUGUUCCACCAUAUUUAUCCUGAUACAUCUAGCGAAAAUUUACCGAAAAAUAGAAUUGAGUUACAACCAAUUUCACCAAUUUCGUUGAAAAGUUCUUUACACAAUAAAUAUAGACCUUGUCGUGGAGUAAUUUUGCAGAAUCUUAGCUCUGGCAGUGAGGCAGAUUCCAAUUUUGAGGUUAUGUCGGACAGAAUUGGUUCUAGUCACAAAAUUGAUCGUUUAAUGCGUCUUACGCCACAAGAAACUAAUAUUUCUCCAAAUUUAUGUAGUAAUAAUUUGGAGAUACAAAAUCUAAACGAUACUUUAUCUUUAUCCUCGGAAAGAUCGUCUAACCAAACACUUAUUAAUUCAUCGAGGAAUGAUUAUCUUGAAAAUGUUUCGUCUCUUGUUCCAAGAAUGGAUUUCACUGGAAGUAAAUUACAGCAGGGUUUAAAUAAACCUUUCGUACCUUUGGCUUCUUUGAGAAAAACACCGCGUGAAAGGUCUUUUUAUAGAAAAUUGAGCAGUUCGAGAAGCGAUUGUGGUCAAAAUAUGAAAGAAACUGUAGAUGAGCCAAUGUUCUUUUCUGCUAGGCAAGAAAUCCAUGACUAUAAUAAAGAAUGCUUACAAACGCCACGAUCUGUGUUUGAAACCCCGAUUUAUCCCAAUAUGCCCACAAACAUUCUGGAAAAUGAAAUUUCUAAAACCUUAUCUAAUAAUAUGGUAAAUUUUGGAGAAAAUAUUUAUAAUGAAAAUGUUAAACAAAGUAGUGAGAAGAUUUUUGAUCAAAAUGAACAAGAAAUAAUCGCAAAGGAAUAUAUUAAUUCCCCAAAUUUGAAAUUUUAUGAAAAUCAAACUUUCAUUACCUGUGAAAAGAUUUCUAAUGAAAAUACCAACCGUGAGAAAAUUCAUUAUCAAAACAAACGAGAAAUAGUGGCAAAUGAGUAUUUCAAUCCUUCUCAAAAUAAAAACUGUACUUCGACUCCAAAAAGUGUAGCGUCACCAGAAACCAUUGUACAAAAUUCAAUAUUUGGAAAUGACUCAAAUAACAAUUCAGAACUUUCUUCAAAUUUAAAAAAUAUUACCUCUCCGCCAUUUAAAUCUAAUGCAAGCGAAGAUCAAAGUACAGCUUCUUCGUUUAGAGAGUUUUUCGUCAGCGACUUCACAAAAUUGUCACAAAAUGGAGAAAAUUGCUGUUCACCACAAUCUAUCAUGAAUAGCCAAGGAACACAUAAUUCACAUGGAAGUAAAAUUGUCAAUAGCCAAGAAUUCAUAAACGUACCAACUCUAGUUUUAAAUUCACGAGAAAUAUCAUACUCAACAUCACCAAACAGUAAAAUUUGUUCAGAGAGACAUUUAGAUUCAAAUGCUUUGAUCAUAGCGUUGUCAAACGCGUCCUUGAAACAACAAACAGCAAAAGAUGUUUUUGAAAAUACUUGCAGUGAAUCCUGUACUGAUAGCAAGGCAGUUUUUAGGUUAGAAUCCUCCGAAAAUAAUUUAUCGAUGGAUGUACGUUUCUCAAAGUCCGAUGAAAAUCGAAGUAAAUUAACAACAUCUACAACAUCUUGCAGAUCAUCUCUUAGUAUAAAAUCUAAGAUACCUAUAAAAAUACCUAGUAAUAGAAGCAAGCUAUCAAUUCGAAGUAAAUUUAAUGAAAGUGAUAAAGGAUUAAUUAGUCCAAGAAAUUCCAGUACACAAACUUUUCGAAGCAAUUCCUCGUCACUUGAAAAUCUUCAAUUUGUUUCUACAUCACAUGAAAAUUCACCUUUUAUGAAAAAUUAUGCGAUUAUGUCCGAAUCUUCUACGAAAAUAGAGUCACAGGAACAAGAAAAAUAUUUCAAUUUGGACAGUAUCAAAAAUGAGUCGGAUAGUAUGGAAAAAUCGAAUGUAAUUUUGGAAGACGCUCAAUCAAAAACUGCGAGAGAAGAGAAUCAGGAUUAUGAAUCUUCCAUUAAUCGUCCCACGAUAGACACUUUUAGGCCCUUGAAUUUUUCUGAUAAUCCAAAAAAGUCUGAAAAGAAAAACGAACAAAAUAUUCUCGAGCAAAAUAUUUCUUCAGAAGAUGAAUCAGAAACUUCGUCACCUUACGAUACUCGAGAAUCAGUAAAAGAGAUCGAAGAGCCAGAGGGAUCUAAAGAAUUUAAUACUUUUUCUCCAAGAAAUGUAUCUACCAGUUUUCCUUUAGAAAGUUACCGAGAUAAACAUAUAAAUAAUACUUACGAAGGAGAAUGUUUCGAAAAAAUCACCGAAGAAAGGAAAACAAAUUUAUUCGAGAAUCAAAUAGGAGAUGGUGGUUGCCAAGAGUUUCUGAUCGAAGAUUCAGAAAAAUUUAAAUCCUUGAACACGUCUGCAGAGGACGAAGAACUAAUCAAACCAAGAAAAGUUACUGACAAGCUUCGAUUUUCGUUAGAAAAACUAGCAGUCGAGCAAAUUCGAAAAAAUCUAAACUCUGAACAAACAAGAACUAUUCAAUCAGAUACUACCGCAUUUUUUACAGAGAAAUUCUAUGAAAUUCCACAAUUUACUCUCGCAGGUUCUUCCUCGAUGUCGAAGCUGCGCUAUGACAAAUCAAGAGACUCACCACGGUUUAAGAAGAAGAGUCAAGACAGAUUUCCUUUUACGAUUUCGGAAAAAACGAGCAUCGCCUCGAUGAAGUUCAAGGUACCUGGUCGGCUAGGCAACCUGGACGAAGACGAGGAAGAUAGAAGGUACAGGUUAGACACGCACCCGAGUAUAACUAGAUUGGCCGGUUAUGCAUUGGAGGAUUCACCCGCGGAGAUCAUCAGUUAUAUGGUGCAGACAGAACUGGAGAAUCGUUACUUAAAAUCUUCUGGGAUGAAAGGACUAGUAAACAAAAUUUCUGCCAGAUGGAAAAGACCGAAAAGAUGCGGUAACGGAAUUGGACCGACGAAGGUAACUAGCGUCAUUUACAAAAAUCGAGAUUAUCAAGAAGAAUGCGAGAGCUCAAAUUGCUCAGAAUCGUCAUCUUUACAGGAAUUUAAAAUAUACGAGAGUUUGGAAGGAAAAUUAUGUAAUCCUGAACCUAGUCCUGACUCUCCAGACGAAAAACGCUAUGAUCGUGAUGAUUUGUGGGUUCAAGCGUUCAAGAAUUCUAAUCACGAAAAAGGGAAGAAAAAUGUAGAAAUAGCGGAUGAAGUAGAUGAGGAUAAAUUAAAAAAUCCUUACUCGGUAUUUUUUGUAAAAAGCGUGCAAGGAACGCCAGAGACCUCUACUAAAGCAUUUGUUCCGAAAAAUGAGAAACAGAAACAAGAUGUUUCUAUAGAAAAACGAAAGAAUCGAACAAAAUAUAUAUCGAAAAUCAAUAACAAGAGUCAUGACAAAUAG